GCCUCGGCCUCGUGCGGCAGCCAUGGCGGGGGCGUCCGCCCAGCGCGGCGUGCCGGGAGCGGCGUGGGCCGGAGGGGCAGCUCCGGGGGCGGGGCGGGGCGCCGUUUCCAGCCCGCCGCCGCCCUUCCGAGGCCCGACCGCCUCUCUCCCCGGGCCAGCGGCCGCACAGGGGCGCGUUGCCGGAGCGGGUCGUCUCGGCCCGGCGUCCCCGGCCGGGCCCCCGGAGGCGGCGCGGCCUUUGCUUCGCCGGGCAGCGCGGCCGCAGGCCGAGGAGAAAAGGGAGCCCCUGCGGAGCAAGAACGGCGGCCGCGGGUGCGGGCAGGUCUGGGGCGGACAGGGCGGCGCGCCCGAGAAGCCCGGAGCCGCCUGCGCCAGGAGCGCCGCCGCCGCAGGGACCCCCCGGCAGAGAGGUAGGGAAGGGCGCUGGGGGCCGGGCCGGGCCGGGCCGGGCAGGCCGGCGGCCUCGGGGCGGAAGCCUCCCUCCCUCCCUCCCUCGGGCCGCUUCGAGGCGCUGCGGCCCGGCCUGGCACGGAGCAGAGGCCCAGGCCCGGCCGUUGUCCUUUCUGUGUCCCGUCCUGCAGCGGCCCCGCUCUCCGCGCCCCUCGGCCAGGAGCUCUGCCGCGCCCUGCAGCGGAUGCAGAUGGGCGUGGAGCAGGAGUACGCCUACGACAUCCUCCGGAGCCUGAUGCAGGAGCAGCCGCGGUACACCUUCCGAGCGGCCGACGUGCCCCGGGCCAUGACUGCCGAGCGGCGGGCGCUCAUCGUGGACUGGCUGGUGCAAGUGCACGAGUACCUGAAGCUGGCAGACGACACGCUGUACUUGGCCGUGUACCUCAUGAAUGCCUACCUGACCAGGAGCCCCCUGCGGGUGGGCCUGCUCCAGCUCCUCAGCCUGGCCUGCCUCUUCCUGGCCUGCAAGGUGGAGGAGAGCUCUUGCCCCCCGCCUGCUCAGCUCUGCUUCAUGGCAGAGGACUCCUUCAGCCCAAAGGACCUUCUGGGCAUGGAGCGCAAAAUUUUGUCCCGCCUCAAGUUUGAGCUGCACUACGCCAACCCUGUCUCCCUGCUGCGCCUGCUGGCAGAAGUGGGCUGGGCCAGCUUGGAGGUCCAGUACUUGGCAAUGUAUUUCAUGGAGCUUUCUCUGAUGGAGACGGACAGUGUGGUUGUUGAGCCGGCUCAGCUGGCUGUUGCUGCCUUGUGCCUGGCACAGCGAGUCCUGUGUGAUGGCACUGCAGGCGCCCAGGCUCCUCAGGGGAGCUCCCAGGGCCCUCAGGGCAGCCCUGCCAGACUCCACAUGUACAGUGAAGCAGAGCUGUCUGUGGUGUAUCCCUCUAUGGCCAGGGCAGCCCUGCGAGGAGGCCGUUCCGCCCUCCAGGCCACCUUCCGAAAGUACUCCAGGCCCCAGAGGCUCUGCACCAGCACCAAGUCUGCCCUGACCGAUUCCGCCUACUUGAGACGCUUCCUGGGAGGCUGCAGCUCCUGAAGCAGGGACCUCCGUGGGGCUUCUUGGGGGCCCACAGCAGGACGGGGAGCACCUUCCCGGGGACGGCACUUCCUGCACCUGUCUGACAGGGAAAACCCAAGGCUUCGGAGCCCCCAGAGGCGGAAGGAGAGCUCAGGAUCCCAGGAGCAAUUCUUGGCCUUCUUGCAGAUGUCUGACAAUGUCCCUGGCGUGCGGACAGGAGGGCUGCUGCCUUCCGUGAUGGCUCCUGUGUCUGCUCCGCCUACUUGCCGCUAUCCUCUUUGCCUUGCCUUGGGGGUGGCCGGUUCUACUCCCAGGGCUGCUGCCCUCAAUUUCCAUAGGCCCGCUUUAAAAAAAUGAAGAAAAUGGGACUCCACAAGCUUCUA